CUGUCUAGCGUGUAGACAUUAAGUAAUUACUAAGCACAAUUAGAUAACCACAAUAUAAAACGGAUUUUAUACCAAAUACAUGUGAAAAGUUAAAUAUAUAUCAGAACUUGGUGGAAUAACGGCCAGUCUUUUCCGAAUCUCAGUUUUUAAAACUGAGUUGUUUGCCUUGCCGUCACACACCAUUGUAUAUUUCAAUGACGGAAAUUGAGAUUAACAGUGAUCUGACUGGCGAUCAGAACCGUCCAGAACGUACUUAUGAGGAACAAAUACAAUGUGUAGGUGUGUUCGCCCAGCCUAUGGCUUCAAAAAAAUUAACAAAGCGUUUGUAUAAACUCGCUCGAAAAGCUAAACGCGUAAAGAAAACAGAUGUCGGAAUCAAAGCAAUUUUAAAAGCCAUUGAAAAGAAAGGUGUUUCUGGUAUCGUCGUACUAGCUGGAGAUAUUAGUCCGUUUGAUCUGAUAUCUCAUGUGCCAUUGGUGUGUGAGGAGCACGACAUACCUUACUGCUAUGUUCCGUCAAAGUUUGACCUCGGUGCAUGUGUAUCUUCAGUUACCCCUAUACCUAUUGUUUUCAUAACACGGGAUGAACAGUAUGGUGAUUUGUAUGACAGGUGUUACACUGCUGUUGACGCAUUACCUCUUCCUUUAUAAAAUCCCUGUAAUCAAAAAGCAGAAAUUUUUCAAUAAAAAUAUUAUUGCACUUAUUCUUCUGAACACGUGGUAAUUUUAGUACUAUAGUCAGCAUGUUUUAUUUGUAUAACAUUAUCAUUAUUUAAUACUGGCAUAUAAUUUCAAAAAAGUAAAUGAACAGAUGAAUGUAAAUGACUUAGCUUCAUUAUACUGAUUUAACACUAACAAGCGUGUUAAUACUUAUGUAACUAUGUUGUAUCCAGUGCUAAUUAAUAAAAUCCCC